AUGCAAGGGAGUUUAAGAAAAAAAUUGAGUCCCCCAAGUGUAGUGGAUUGGGAAUAUGCAAAGGUUUUUGUGAAGUUCUUGAAAAGAUUUUAUGAGGCUACCUUGAAGCUUAGGGCUUAUAAAACGGUAACUUCCCAUGUAGCCUUCCAUGAGAUGUGCUCUAUUGUUGAUCUCUUGACGAAAAUGAUGGCAAGUGAGAAUCCUUUUAUGAAAAAGGUGGCCACUUCAAUGAAAUCCAUGUAUGACAAGUAUUGGGGUAAUAUUGGAGAUGUGAACCAGCUCCCAAUAGUGGCUGUGGUUCUUGAUCCCCGUUACAAAGUGGAUUAUGUCCACAUUAGCUUUAGUGAUUUGGAAAAGGAUGCUUCCAAAGUUAAUGCGAUGAUAAGUGGGGUGAAGGAUCUUGUAAUGAAGUUGUACGAGGCGUACAGGAAAGAAGAUCUAGCUAUUGCCCAAGCUUAUGUGGAGGCUAAUGUCGAAGGUGCGGAGGAAACAAGUAUUGUUGACAGUGAUGAAAGGCUUGAAAAAUUUAUGAGAUCAAGAAAAGGGAAACAUGUGGUUCAAAUUGAGAAUGAAGUUGAUAAAUAUUUGUUGGAUCCUCUUGAGAAUCCUAAAAAUGUUGGGUUUAAUUUGCUAGAUUGGUGGAAAGAAAACCAUCCAAGGUUUCCUAUGUCAAGUGUUCCAUCAAAGGCUGCUUUUAGUGCUGGGAAAAGAGUUGUGGAUCCUUUUCGGGCUUCUUUGACUCCAAAAAUAGUGGAGACCCUUAUUUGCUCCAAUGAUUAG